GGAUAGAAUGGUUGUUGACACAAUAUGAUGAUUGAAAUGCACUAUGAAUGAAAGAAAGAGGAAAUGGCAACAAUUUUUGUUCAUGUAAGUGUGUAGGAUUCAGAAUUGAAAUAGAGUUGGAAAUUAAAGAGAGAGAGACUUAAAAUGUGGAAAUUUAUGAGCUAAAGAGGAGACAGGGUUCAGGAACAGCAACAACCUGGUAUGGUAAUGGAAGCGACCAUGUUUCAUGUUUCUGCGAUUGUGCUCAAUCCUCAAUCUCACACUUUCCUCUUUCCCUCACGCAACUUCAAACUGUCACAAACUCUCCACUUCCCCAGAAACUCCAUUCUCCGCUCUCUCUCGCCGUCGCUGCACCCAACUCCCCAAUACGACGAUUCCGAAGAACACGUCAUCGGCGACUGCAUCGUAUUCGAGGAAGGCGUUUUCGAUGACCCACUUUUCCACAGCUACGACACUCUCACCGUCGAUAAGCCCAAGCCCAAGCCCAAGCCCGGUUGGAGGAAAAAGGUGGAGGAGAACGUGGGCGAGAAUUUGGUUCCGGGUAAAUGGCGAGAGGUUCAGGCGGAGAUAAACAUCACGAAGAGGGAUAGGCGCAAGAUAGCGUGGGAAAUGGAGUUCAACAGCAAGGUUGAAAAGAAGAGAAGAGGGUUGAUUCCCCUUAGGGAUAUGAACUUGGAUGACUAUAAGGCUUAUAAGGAGGCCAAACUGGCGCAGAUGAAGUUUCUCGAUAACCCUUCUAGUUCUCCGGUGAAAGAAGAGGUUCCUCAACCUGAACCUGAAUUGAAUCGUGGUGAAGAGGGCCACCCUGAACCUGAAUUGAACGGAGGCGAACGUGUGGAGCCCAAGAAUCCUAGAUGGCUUGUUUAUGGGAGGGGUUUCGAGGAUGUCACUGAGUUUUUCAAUAGUGAAAACUAUGACCCUGACGCUAAAACCCUUCAAGGUAAGCGGAAGCUGUUUACCAAGGAGGAGAAGGUUUUAUUGAAUAAGCGGGUGCCAGACUUGGAAACUGCUACUUCAGAUAAAUGGCAACCCCUGCACACUCUUGCUGCUUGUGGAGAAUUUGAACUUUUAGAUUCUCUGUUGAAGCAUAAUGUUGAUAUCAAUGCUGUGGAUAAGGAUGGUUUGACUGCCCUUCAGAGAGCAGUAAUUGGAAAAAAGCAGGCCAUAACCAAUUAUCUCCUGAGAAACUCAGCUAACCCCUUUGUACUGGACAAAGAGGGAGCCACAUUGAUGCACUAUGCGGUACUAACAGCUUCUACCCAAUCAAUUAAAUUACUCUUGCUGUAUAAUGUGGAUAUAAAUCUUCAGGACAAUUAUGGCUGGACACCAUUACAUCUUGCUGUGCAAGCUCAGAGAACAGAUUUAGUGAGGCUUCUGCUGAUUAAAGGUGCUGAUAAGACAUCAAAAAACAAGGAUGGUUUAACUCCACUGGACCUUUGCCUUUACUCUGGACAAAGUGCCAGAACAUAUGAGCUAAUCAAGUUGUUUAAGCAGCCUCUAAGACGAGUUAGCCAUGUAUCAAAACGAUGAUGGGGCCUGAAACAACACAACUUUCGAAAGAUUUUCACCAACAAAGAAGAUUAGCCCUUGACAGGUUUUGCAGAGAAUUUGCACCCUUCAGCAUAUGGAGAUUUUAGGACAAGUACAACAUUGUACUAUAUUGAAUAAAAUGUAUUUAAAUGAUAGGAAAAUAAGAACAUUUUCAUGAAAAAGAAAAGAAAAAUGACAUGCCAUUUUUUAAAAUUUGAUUCUCAUACAAUACACCAAGCGUACCUAAAAUCUCAGCUUUAAUUCU